AUGUCCAGCGAUUCUACCAGCCAGCCGAUAGCCGGCAUUCACACUUUUGACCUGCCAUCCGUGUGGCUCGGUGACAUCGCGUUAUGGCUGCGCACUGUAGAGUCACGAUUCGCCCUCCGUCAGAUCACACGAGAGGAUACCAAAUUUCACUAUGUUGUGACAGCACUCCCAAUGGACAUCGCCACCGACCUCCGCGACAUCAUAGAUUGCCCGCCCACAGAAGCCCCUUAUACUGCCCUAAAGGAGGCUCUCAUUUCCCGCAUUUCUCUCUCAACGCAAAAACGUCUCCAACGUUUAAUUUCUGAGGAGGACCUCGGUGACAGGAAGCCUACGCAGCUUCUUAGGCGUUUGGAGCAGUUGGCAGACGGAAAAAAGCUGGAUGCCACCAUGUUCAAGCAACUUUUCCUCCAACGGUUGCCUCCUUCUUGCAGCGUAUCCUGCCCGGGCCGUCAGGACAUCAUGCCACAAACGCGUGACAAGCGAACGAUCAAGGUCAUGGCCCCCUGUUCACACCGUCUUUGUGCUGAUUGGCCACCCAUCAGCCUAUGA